AGACGUUAUUCUGGACACAUCAGAUCUGAGAUCUUCAAGCUCUACAGAUUCUUUCUGUCUUUGUGAAGAAACAUCUUGAAGAAUGAGAAGCCUGAAGUUUCUGCUGGUCCUGGUGCUCUUCUGCUCUCUGCAGAUGACUUCAAGCGCUCCCAGUGCACUUGAUGCAGCAAAUUCAAAGUGCUGUAUAGAGUUCAGUAAAGUGAAGAUUCCUGUGAAACAGGUGAAGUCUUAUUCCUGGAGCAGAAGCGACUGUCCCAGACGAGCCAUUGAGUGUGUCAUCUUAGAUGCUUUGUUUAUAAUGAGGAGGAUGGUUUAAACUAUGAAACUUGCAGGAUGUUUUAAUGGUACAAAGACCUUAAUAUGUCAAAAGAUCAAGGCAAGUUUGAUUUCUCAUGUCAUGACCACUUUAAUGCUGAGCACGGCAGAACUGAAAAGAGGAAGCCGUGUGUUGAUUUUCUGAAGCACAUUUCAGUGAAUCUGAAAGAAAAGUACCUUUCACUUGCAUACAUGAGUGACAAAGCAGAAAAAGGACUAGGAAAAGGAAGAGUUAAAAACAACUUAUAUACUACAAUAUUGAUACUCAGAAAUGGAUUUACAUGAAUGUCUUUAUGAGGAAUUCCUCUCCAACUAUGUAUAUAAGAAGGAGCUCAGACAUUAUUCUGGACACAUCAGAUCUGAGAUCUUCAAGCUCUACAGAUUCUUUCUGUCUUUGUGAAGAAACAUCUUGAAGAAUGAGAAGCCUGAUGUUUCUGCUGGUCCUGGUGCUCUUCUGCUCUCUGCAGAUGACUUCAAGCGCUCCCAGUGCACUUGAUGCAGCAAAUUCAAAGUGCUGUUUUGGGUCAAAAAAUGUGAAGAUUCCUGUGAAACUGGUGAAGUCUUACUCCUGGACCACGAGCGACUGUCCCAGACGAGCCAUUGUGUUUCAGAUGAUUUCAGGGAGAGAGAUCUGUGUAGAUCCAGAGACCACCUGGGCGAGCGGACAUGUUGCUAUAGUGGACAAGAGAACAACAUCUAAAACAACAACAACAACAACUGUUUCUACUGCAAAGACUCAGAGCCCCACAGUCUAAAACAAGCUACACUGUUUCUAUUUGAACUCUGCAUUUCAUAUUGUAUAUUGUGCUGAUGUGUAUAUAAAACUAUUUUAUUUAGAAAAUAAUUUAUGUGAUUGGAUUCAGUUGUUUUAAUAAAAUAUAAAUUAUAA